GUCUAUAAGAAAGCUGAGCGCCGGCAGGGGGGCACUUAGUUACCCCGUGGCUGAAUCAAUCCGUUCCCUUGCGCCCUUCGCGGAUCUUAGAACGCCAUGCAGCCCCGCCAGCCCGCCGGCCUGUGCGCCGCCGCGCUGUUUUUGCUGCUCUUGCCUGCCGUAGUCACCGAGUCGGUGAGAGAAACUGAGACUAUGGGGCCACAGCUGUAUGUUGAGGAAUUUCCCUCUGGAGCUUUGCCAGACGAUGAGGACUCAAGGCCUGAGUUGGUAAUUGAUGAAGAUGAUUACGAGUUCUCAGGUUCAGGAGAUGAAGAAGGCUAUUCAGACAUUGAGGAUGCCUUGAUUCCAGCCACUGACAGUCCAAUGGUCUACUUGGACAACUCUAUCCCUGAUUCCAAAAAAGAGACAAAGGAUAGUGAGCCAGCUGUGAUAGAAAAUGAGAUUAUCGUUCCCAAAAAAGCUGCAUCCCCUGAACAAGAUGAUCUGUCCAACAAGAUCUCAAUGGCCAGCACAGCCAAUGGCAGCAUCUUCGAGAGGACAGAAGUUCUUGCAGCUCUUAUUGCAGGUGGUGCAGUCGGGUUGCUGUUGUUCGCUGUCUUCCCAAUCCUUCUCCUGAUCUAUCGCAUGAAGAAAAAGGAUGAGGGUAGUUAUGACCUUGGCAAGAAGCCAAUCUACAAGAAAGCCCCUACAAACGAAUUCUACGCCUAAGGCUUGCCAAUGCCACAAACCCACUUGAGAGUCAGAAAUGGACUUUGUAAAAAGCAUUUGGACCGCGGACAAAAAGCUCUGAAAGAAAUGCAGUCUUGGAUCUAAUGUCAAAGUGAUUUUUUUUUAAAAAAAAUAUUUUUAUGACCCUUCUCAUCCCACUAGCAAAUGAGGUUGCAAAGUAAAAAGGCAGAGUCCUGGGGGGGGACCCUUGUGGGAUGUGGAAGUGUGUAUGUGUUCUAAAACACAAAAGCAAAUUUGCCAAAUAACAUAUUUGAUUUAGUGAAGGGGUUUGUAUGUGAAAGUGUUUGCAUCUGGUUACAGUGCUCCAACUUGCCUUGUCUGUAAAAGGUAUAAGUUCAUUGUGCCUCUAAGAAGAUUGUCCUGUAGCAGGCCAGCUAUGCAUGACAUUUUGUAAAGAACAUAUUUAUGAAAUCUCCUACACUAGAGUGUAACUUAAUGGUGGUAGGGAGCAAAUUGCUCUCUUCAGAGCUGAGCAUCUCUAUACUACUUGGGUCUAAUUGUGAGGAAUGGCUAUGUGAAGAAGUGAUUCCUUCUUAGGCCGGGGGGGGGGGGCUGAGUAGCCUAUGAGUAAAACUGUGUGUGUGCGGCAGGGGAAUUUGUCCCACUUUUUAAUGGAGCUGAGUUGAAGAAAUACCUUUUUUAAUUUUAGGAGGUUUCAUUUUUUAAAAAGUUAAGAAAAAUACCUUGCCUAUAUAUGUUUUUAGAAAAUAUUCCUAAAUUUAAAAAGUACAUUUUGUAAUUCUCAUGACUUUUUUUUACCCCUUAUUUCCUCUUGCUGGACAUAUCUCUAGAUGAAUGACAUUUUAUUUCAUUCAUUGCCAGAACUGAAGCAGCAGCUACAGUAUGUUAAAGCUUUCUACGUUCAUAUCAUAGGUUCUUCUAGGAAACUGAGAAGAGAAUAUUUAUAUUUUUUUUUCUGGAAUAAAAGCAAAGAUGUUUCUGGGUUUUGUUUUUUAUAUAGAGCUAUUUAUCGUUUCUAAGAUGGCUGCUCUGUUUUUGGUAACUCUUCUUUUUAUAUGUAAAACACUAAUAUAAUGAAACUCCUAAUGAUUGUGAAAACUAUUUAAGCUUUAUUCUGUGUAUUACACCCUGAAGGCAAUAACUUCUGCUAGAAUUAAUGUUUAUAUGCAAAAAUCAGAUUUCUUUGAACAUGACUAAAAUAUAAUUGGGUGUGUGUGUGUUUUAGCCUUGUAAUAUAUUAUCAAUGCUAUAGAGCUAUAUUUUUUCAGUAAAAUGCACAUUUUUUAAAUAAAAGAAUACCAGAAUAGGUGUUGUGCAGCCUUCCUGCAGGGGUGAUGGGUUGCUCUCUUCCUUGUAGAGUUUCUCUAAAUAUCUACCUGUUCUAGAUGGAGUCAUUACUUCACAGAUGUUGUUGCUAAUUAAUGGCAGCUGAACAAUUCAACUGAGCUGAAGUCUUGCCUCUGCACUUGGCUUCACUUCAUAGACAGCAUGAAUCCCACUGCUGGGAACUUGGGUACGUUUUGGCCAUACGCUGCUAUUUGCUUCUCACCUAUUAAUGUGUCUUGGCCAGCUCAAGGGAUGACAGAAAAUGCACUUGGGAAGCACCUGGUACGAAGAGUAACACCCCUGUGCAAGUUGCCAUUCCCUCUUUAGGCAAGUGCCAAGAAACUCCCAACGCAGUAGCACAUGCUUGUUCUACCUUUAGACUCUUAACUGAGGCUAUUGGUUUCUAGAACGCUGAAUGGCACACUGCUCUUCCCCUUCUAGAGAAGAGGGUCUUCAGGGACAAGCCUUUUUCUAGCUGCUAGUUCUACUUGAUAUCACGGCUGUAGUGCUGGUACAUGUUGGGAAGAAUCUUGAUCCGUCUGCGGCUAUGCCAGAAUGGUACAGGAGUUCUUGAAUGGCAUGCCUGUGCUGUGAAAGAGCAGGGAUAAGGAGCUUUUUAAAAAUAAAUUGGACCAAGGGUCUCAUUCCCAUCUGGGCAACCUUCCAAGGCCAUAUGCUAGUAAUGGGCAGGACCAGAGGCAAAAGUGGGUAGAGCAAUGAAUGCAAAUUUUGCCUUUGUACAGUAGGCUAGUUUCUAUACACGCUUACAUACCCCUCAUACAUAGCCUGUAUCCAGGCAACUGAGAGGCAUUAUCAGUUCAAGGAUGCAUUCCAGCUAGCCAAAACACUCGAGGGUAUGAGGGGUGUGGCCUCGGGAGAGGGGGAUGUUGCUGAGGAGGGAGUGUGGGCUGGAGAGAAUCCUGAAGGUCAUAUCAGGCCACCAGGCCUGAGGGAAGUGUGAAAAUGCUGCACCAGAGCUGGGAUUAGAUCCUAGUUUGUGGGGUGGGGUGUGUAGAGUGGUAUCAUUAGGAUCUUUAUGAUGCAUCAUGUGAGCUGCUGCCUCUGUGCAGUGACUUAUAGUAAGGCUGUGUAUUUUGUGUGAUUUGGGUUACCUAGGAAAAACUAGAUCACUUCAAAAGUUCCUUUUGGGAGCUCCACUUGAUUUUGAUCCGAUUGCAUCAGCAUAGUCUCAUCUUCUCUGACGUUAAAGGGAAAUUUCAAUGCAGUAUGGGUGUGUGUUUUUGUGUAAGUUGCAGGAGAUCAGGCAUUGCACUGCACAAGGUCAUCUCUACCCACAUAGAUCCUGACAUAAUCUUGAACUUCUCUCUGUUUGCAUCCUUUGAGCUGUAACUUUUUAAAAGGUGACAUAGCCUUGUGCCUAACUUGAUGGCCUUUGUUAACAAAAGGGGCUUAUGCAAGGUUCUCUACUAGUACAUUACCAGAACUAUGUAAGGAUUGCUCUUCCCUUGUUUUUUUUAACUUUUGGCAGUGAAUUCACGCUAUGAUUUUUAUGUUCUUGUUAGACUGCUAAGAUGGAUGUAUGGGUAAAGUUUGAAGUCUGUGUGAUGGAUUUUGUGGCAGCAUAAGCACAAGUCUUUUCAAACUUGACUUCUGGAACUAUUUAGUUUGGGGUUGGGUGGGGAGGAUUAUAUACUUAACACAUUUCUAUAACCUUGGCUUGGAAAGCAUGUCAACCUCUUGAUUGCUCAGAUGAGAUUUCUUGUAUAUUUGCUUUUGUUUUCACUGUCACUGAUUUGAUAAAAUAAACUGGUACUUUCUAAA